AUGGCCCACAGCGACAAGGGCAUCACGAUGGUAAGGGUGUAUCGCCAUGAGGACGUCACGGGGCGUAUCGGUGGACAUGGCGGAAGGGAGUUCGACUACAAGUGGCACGGGCAUGGAAAACCAAACUUCACAAUCGCCAGAAUCGGGGUUUGGCGUGGGGAGAAAUGCCUCUAUGGGAUCGAGGUGGAGACAUCGGUCGGCGCCUUUGGCAGAGGAGAGUUCGAGACGUCCACGUCUCACUACGGUAGGAGAGUCGGCGAGUACUGUGAGAUCCGGUUUCACAACGAGAUCAUUACACACCUGUCCCUCUGGGGCAACGGAGUGGGCACGCGCUGCGGGAGGAUAUGGUUGAAGACCACCACUCGGGAGUUUGACGCCAGCGCAACGCGCAAGUCACCCAGCAAAGAGUACAAAAUGGACGUUGGCAGCGGCGUCAUGGUGGGCAUCUAUGGGCGUCACGGUAUGGAUAUCGACUGCCUGGGAUUCAUCUUCUUAAAGCGUUGCAAGGAGAGGAUAAUGACGGACAUGGUGUAUCAGCCUUUGAGCUCGAACCUUGCGACGAUUAUCCCCCAAAUUUAUUCGAGGGAGUACAUCAACGACACCACCAACACGGAACAGCACACGUUCCAUGUGGAGGAGGCGAUAAAGGAAUCGCAAACGUGGGAAUCGACGGACACGUGGGAACAUUCUUACGAUGUAUCCGUCAAGGUCUCUGGAAAGUUCCCGAUCGGGGUAAGGGUGGCGGUGGAGGCGCGAGGGCACUGGGCAUGGGGUAGUGUGAAGGGAGAGAAACGCACGAAAGAAAAAACCACAACGGUCAGGGACGACCGCGAAGUCAGGGUUCCACCCGGCAGGAAAGUGAUGGCGGCCGUCGUGGUCACUACAGCGGUAGUCGAUGUACCCUACACAGCUCAGAUGAAGCUCAUCCUGCUCGACGACACCACGUUCACAUACCAAAUCCGUGGUACGUUCCGUAGCGCUACUAUCAGCUCUCAGAAACAUCACGUGAAGGAGACCGACAUCACGGAGGCCUUCCCAGCUUUCUGAGCUUUUCUGGCGGCGCUACAUUCUGCUCGAUGACGCACCCCCCCUAUCCUGGCAACCGCUGGGAGCUUCUAGGGUUGAAGUUUCGACUUGCCUCUCGUUGACCGUGGCUACAUAAGCACUGAACGUGUUUUUUUUUUGCCCUAAUUUAGAGCCAGUUUCUGUUGAUCGUUUGGAGAUUCUAUGUACUGUACAAGUAGGGGGUUUCGGUCUGGCUCUCUGAUUUGUCGGAGAAUAUGGACCUUCAGAAGUGUGUUUCGAAUUCGAAACCAUUCCCAUAUGCCAAUGCAUUUGUUGCCUGCGUUAUAGCGUCGGGUGUUGCUUUCGUAGAUGGUAAAAAGAUGGGGUUGUGAUUCGAGACCGAUUCAUCCCAACAGUCGUGGUUGCGGUACGUGGCGAAGAUACCGAUCGGGGGAAUGAAUAUAAAAUGGACAUAGAAAGGCGUACCUACCACAGUUUGGGUAGUGAUAUGACCAUAUAUCUGUAUGUCACGGGGACCCGAGUAGCUUGUUUUACAUCCGCAUGCCCCCGAAACUGCGGGGAGCCUUCCUGGAAGGUUAUUUUGCGGCUUGGCCGCAACCUGUAGGGAAGAAGUUGGUUAGUGUGACGAAGUUGCUUGGUUUCGAGCAAUGUCCGUCCGAUAACUGUGUCAUCAUGCGUUUGGUCACUAACGGAGUUGCUCGAGAUGGCUGUCUUUUGUCCACGUGACGACAUUUGGAAUUCGCCAGCAAGGCCACCGACCGGCGGUCGGUUUCUGGUGCGGUGGUGAUGUGUGCGGGGGGCUGUGUCUCGUACCUGUCCCGGACACAGCGCAGUGUCACUUUGUCUUCUACGGAAGCAGAGUACGUCGCGAUGGCUGACGGUCUCAAGGAACCGAUUUUUUUUGCGGAUGGUGUGGAGUUUUAUCUUUCCUGACAAUCACGUAGGGUCCACGACGGUAAAGGAGGACAAUCAGGGGGCAAUCUACCUGGCCAACAACCCGGCCACCACGCCGAAUUCCAAGCACAUUGACCUCAGGUACCACUUUAUUCGGGAACGUGUUGCACGGGGAGAGUUUAAGAUUGUGCAUGUGCCCACAACUCUGCAGCACGCAGACAUUUUGACUAAGGCGCUACCCCUCGACGCAUUUUGCUUCCACCGCGAUUUCAUCAUGAAUAUUCGUUGAGGUUUUUAUCUUCCCGCGGUGCGUUUAGGUUUGUCCAGUGUUGCCUGCGAGCCGGUGUCCUGGUGUUUUGGUGUGUUUUCGACGAAACACCUUUCGUAUCUGUUUUUGGCCUUAGGGCCGGUAUCUUUGUGUAUUGGUGUGUUUCGACGGUCGAGAAACAGCUUUCUUGUCUGUUUUCGGUCUGAGGGCCGCAACUACUCUGUUUUCAGAUGGUGAUGAUGUGGUUUUUCGUCGUUAACUUUGUGUUUGGUUGAUACGUUUUUGGAUGGAGAACGUUGGAGUUUCGGUGAGAGUACUGCCUUGAGGGGAUCGGGUAUUUACUGAUAUCAUAUGGAUGGAUGGGCAAAGAGAAAUGAUUUGAUAUUUAAAGAUUCAACGGAUUUCGGAUGAAGGAGUCCUAUUGCGAAAUCAAUGAUUUCGGAGGACAAAAUUAUCUUGGGAAAUUUGUUUCGAAUUGGAACGAUGGACAAUCUAGAUUUGAGAUUUGAGGUUAUUACAGCAAGUUGCGCGAUAAGAGGAAAAGAUGAGUAGAUCGUAUCCAGUACCGAGUAGGGGGGCUGUUAGGUGUACUCAGCACUGGAUACAGAUCUACGGAGAUUUGGGGGUUUCGUGUAUCAUGUGUUGGUAUGUGUUUGGUAGAAGGGCGUUCCCCCUUCUGCUGGAUGAGCAGGCUUGUCCUGCUCACUCGUUAAUAACCAAGGUCUUGAGUCAACCUUUCUCCACAGCCUCUGACGCUAAGCACCCGCUACCCAACAUAACAUGACAAAAGCAAGACCCUUGCCAGAUCUCCCUUCGGGUUAUUGGAAAUGAGAGAAAGCCGUAAAAAAUUGAGGUUAUUUGCCGGGCAUGCGCACGAAACCGUGGGCAAUGGAACUUUUAUGUUGAAAGGAGUUGGCGAGUGAAAAAACAAGAAAAUCAGCACAUGCACAAAAAUAUGUUUCGCCAAGAAUUAGAGAUGGUGAGAUAAAAAUAUGAGGUCGCAUAUGCAUAUCUGCGGCAAUCAAAGUUGUUGAGCCUUGCCCAGUAGAGGUACCUCUUACGAGCGGGCCAGCACGGUAGUCCAAACAAGCGACAUGCGAAACGUCCGCCUUGUGCUUCAGGGGGGCUCUGCAUUCAGUGGUUCUGUGUUGUCGUCAGGAGUCUGCGACGAAGUAUAGCGGGGACGGGUUGGCAAGGACAGGGAAACGUCGGGGUAAAUGAGAUUCAACACCAGCCACUGCAGGAUCAGCCACUCUUCGGCAUUUUAGAUCCUCGAUAUUCAUGAUGAUACAGGCGCCGACGGACGUGGAGUGGUGAGUUUGAUUGCCAAGGUUGUCGGGUGGGUGUGUGGGCCCUAGCAUCGCCGGGAAUGAUCACGAAGAGGUGAUUGGCAUAGAUGUAUUUGGUCUGCGAAAUCAAUCGUGUGUGCUCCUCUUGCGCGAAGAAGGCUCACCUCGUGACCGGUGUGAACGCAACAACCCAGAUGCCUGUUUCUGGAUGAGUCUUGCAUCGGCCUACCGGGCCGGGCCGCUUCUGCGAACUGCACACAAGUUAGCUGAUGCAUGAAUUAUACGUCUCGCAUCCUGAUGCAUGAAUUAUACGUCUCGCAUCCCCGUUCUUGUUUGUCGUGUUUUGUUCAGGGUGACCCCUUUGGAGUUCUGUGAUGGACACCUCGGCAACUCUUGGUUCCACCCGAUUAUUUACCGCCCGACACCACCGUCCCGGAUGAACCUGAUGUUGGAGAAUCAGCGGGACCAGAAAAAAAAUGUACUGCGUUGACGAGUACUGUACCAAACGAUGGGGAACCCGAUGUCGUUCGUCUUGGGUGAACCAAUCGCGGCGGCCAAGACCGCUUCGGAGGACGCAAAGAAAGCAGUGCGAGAUAGCGCUGCCGCCGUUUCAAAACUUCUGUCUGAAUUGUUUGGGGAUCCACGAUUCAUUGCGGCACUCAAAAACUUGUUAUUUCACGAUGCACAGUUGCGAAUGUUUGCGGUGUUAUCAUUGGGUCUACUUUUCGCUGGGUCUGUCUACUUAACUUUGCAUUACACGUUAGCCGACUCUGACGAUGAAAAAGAUCGUGUCGACUUUUUCAGACGAGUUGGUUUGGUGAUGCGGGAUUCGUUCAUUAUAUAAUGCAAGUGCUUUCCAUCAUUGCAUUUAUACAUUUUGAGGCGGGCUUUGAAAGUAUUGUCAAGAA